GAAGGAGAAGAAGGUGGACAACAUGAAGCCCAAGCACCCCGACGAGCAGGAGAUCCCCUUCCGCCUGCGGGAGCUCAUCAGGAGCCGCGAGGCCAUGAACAGCCCUGACCCCGGGAAGAGGCGGGUUCUAGAGAAGAAGCAGCAUCCCAAGUCAAAGGGCCCCGAGGCCCAGGGAGACGUCCCCGUGCCCAAAUUCAGGAGGGGGAAGGGGGAGUCAGAGCGCUCCUAUGUCUGCCGCAUGGAGCAGGAGGUGCAGCGUGUCCUGUUCCUCACCAAGAACCAGCUGCAGCGGGAGCCUGAGAAGGAGGCGACGGUACCGGAGAAGUCCAAGAGGAAGAAAGAGUUUCAGAAAAAGAAGCUGGAAAAAGCACGGAAGAAGAAAGAGGAGAAGAAAGAAGCCAUGUUGGAGAAGAGCCUGUUCCGAGACACGGUGGCAUUUGGCGAAGUGGUUACACAGCCGCCCACCAUCACCUCGCGGCCCAGGGGCCGGGGCCCCACGGAGCAGGCUGGACGGAAGCGGCUUCUCCUGACAUCUCACCUGGGCCAGAGUCAGGCGUCCCCAGUGUCCCUGGCAGCACCGGUGUCGAUGGCUCGCCGGCGCAUCGUGGAGGAGGAGAGAGCGCGCGUCAUCCAGGCCUACAGGGACAUCCAGAGGCGCAAACAGCAGCAGCGGGAGGUGGCGCGGGGGAGC